GGAGGUCGGCUCGCAGUUGGCCCAGGGUGGCGGGGAGGGGAAGGGUCCGGCGUUGACCGCCGGCAUUCUCCCCUUCCCUCUCCUCCGCCUCUCCUCAGGCCGCACCGCCUCCGGAGCCCCUUUCCCGGCUCGGAGACGGCCGACUCGGGGCCCGGGGCUCGGCCGCCAGUGGGGGAGGGGGCUGCCUGGUCUCGGCCCCCGAGAGGGGUGGGGCGACAAUUUCUGUCGGCCGAGCUAAAGGGGUUUAAAGGGCGGCUCUUAAAGGGGCCGCAGAAGGGGCCUGGGGACGAGGAGGCAUCCCCUCUCCAUCCGUCUGCCGUCGCUCUCUUGAGGGGGGCGCUGGGCCGAGGAGAGAAUGUGGAGGAAGCAAACACGGGUCGGGGCGGCCCGGGGGACAGAGGUUUUGGGGUUGGGCCCGAGGUGGAGGGCCGGGGGUCGGGGGGUGUGGUGAGCACUAGCGAGCGGAGUUGGGGGGAGAAGGGAUGGGCCUGGGGAGGAGAGGGUUAAAGGUGGGGCCAGUCCUACAAACACGCGUUUACUCAGACCUGGUCACACGCGUUUCCCCGGCUCUGAAUGGGGGGCAGUGUAGGGGCCUAGGCCUGAGCUCUCUCCACCCCAGGCUCCUGCUGCCUGGCUUUGGGAGGUCGCGGACCCCACUGUCUCAACUCACACCUCGGGAGCCCCCUCUCAUACGCACACACACGCUCUGGCGCGCGCGCACACACUUCGGACAUUCCCAUAGUGCCUCACGUGACACACAGCCCCGAACGUGCCCACCCUUCACACACGCUCACGCACGCGUGCACACACGCGCACACACGGCCUCCAGGCCACUUCUCCACUCCAUCCGACCCCCGCCCGCAGCCCCGCAAAGGCACUCAUUGACUGUGACACACCUACACCCAUUCACAGACACACACACUCCCCCCACACAUGCCAGCCACAGACACACAUUCAUAAACAGGGCCAGAAGUAUAUACGCACCCCUUCGCCUACUCUUUCUGGAGCCCUGAGUCAUUCCUGCCCCCUCCCAGGGCUCCCCAUUUCCUUGUAUGCAGGCACACAGGCUUAGGAAUUCUUUGUCAGCUUUUCUUCACCUAUGCUCAGGCCUUUCCCAGAGCCCCCUUCCCCUCUGUGUACCCUCAGACACUUAGCAGAAGACUUCCUGUGGGUCCCAGGUCAGGGGUGAGGAGAGCCUGGAGGGCUGCCACAACCUCAGUGUGACUGGGGGAGGCACUUCCUUUUUCUGAACUCUGGGAUCCUGCAGGAGGAAGCUGGGAAGUUGGGCGGGGGCCCAGCAGAGGAUGUGCUGGCCGUGGUGGGGCUGACCCUCCCAGAAGCACUGGGCCUUCCUAAGAGAGGCCUGGCAUGAGGAGCUUGGCAAAGAGGUAUUUGGGGAAGUGAGGCCUGGGGUGGAGAAGGGACUGAGAAGUGAGAGACAAGGCAGGUCCCUUCUGGGCCCCUGUGCUGGGAAGGUAGCCCUCUCCUGUCCACAGGUCUCCCUGAGUUCUGGAAGGGGCCCUUCCCUCCUGCUGGCCUUGUCUUUACUUGUCACCCCCCUGCCAGCCCUGAAAGUCUUCACCUGGUCCCAGUCCCUUCCUCCAAAGGCAGCAGAGAAGAGAUGAGGCUUAGUAGUCUGGGAGGGGGCUGUGGAUAUGAAGGCAGGACCAGGCUGCAUCUCAGCUGGCCGCAGGGCUCCUCGGGCCAGGACGAGAGGUGUCAGGGACAAGCUCUGGGCCACCCUCUCCACGGUUGCUCCUGCUCUCCCAGGAGGCCUAGGGCAGGCCGUGGCCCAGGCCCUUGCCAUGGAGUCCAUGUUUGAGGAUGACAUCAGCAUCCUGACCCAGGAGGCCCUGGGGCCCAGUGAGGUGUGGCUGGAUGCCCCUGGAGACCCCUCGCUGGGGGAGGACAUGUGUUCUGCCUCCCACUUUGCCCUGAUCACGGCCUAUGGAGACAUCAAGGAGCGGUUGGGAGGCCUGGAGAGGGAGAAUGCCACCCUCCGCCGCCGCCUCAAAGUCUACGAAAUCAAGUACCCACUGAUCAAUGACUUUGGAGAGGAGCAUGGCUUCUCUCUGUAUGAAAUCAAGGAUGGCUCCCUGCUGGAAGUGGAGAAGGUCAGCCUGCAGCAACGGCUCAACCAGUUCCAGCAUGAGCUGCAGAAGAAUAAGGAGCAGGAAGAACAGCUCGGGGAGAUGAUCCAGGCUUAUGAGAAGCUCUGCGUGGAGAAGAAUGACCUGGAGACAGAGCUGGGGGAGAUGCGGGCUCUGGUGGAGACCCACCUGCGGCAGAUCUGUGGUUUGGAGCAGCAGCUGCGGCAGCAACAAGGCCUCCGGGACGCAGCCUUCCCCAGCCUGAGCCCCCCGCCUGUCUCUGCCCCGCCCUGUGCUGAUCUGGACCUGCACUACUUGGCACUGAGAGGCGGAUCUGGCUUGAAUCACGCAGGCUGGCCAGGCACCACACCAAGUCUGGGUGAGCUGGAACGGCGACGGCUAGAGGAGGCUCUGGAGGCCGCCCAGGGAGAGGCACGGGGUGCUCAGCUCCGGGAGGAGCAGCUCCAGGCUGAGUGCGAGCGGCUGCAGGGGGAGCUGAAGCAGCUGCAGGAGACCCGGGCCCAGGACCUGGCCUCCAACCAGUCGGAGCGGGACAUGGCAUGGGUGAAAAGAGUUGGGGAUGAUCAGGUGAAUUUGGCGCUUGCUUACACGGAGCUGACAGAGGAGCUGGGCCGGCUUCGGGAGUUGAGUUCCCUGCAGGGGAGGAUCUUGAGGACUCUGCUGCAGGAGCAGGCUCGGAGUGGCGGCCAGAGACACUCGCCGCUGUCGCAGCGCCACUCCCCAGCCCCUCAGUGCCCCUCACACUCCCCGCCGGCCCGAGCGGCGCCCCCAUGCCCCCCACGGCGCGCCUUCGAGGGCAUUCGCCUGCGCUUCGAGAAGCAGCCGUCGGAGGAGGAGGAGUGGGCCGUACCCGCCAGCCCGCCCAGCCCAGAGGCCGGCGCCAUCCGCUGCGCCUCGUUCUGCGCUGGCUUCCCUGUCCCUGAGUCGCCCGCCGCCACCGCCUACGCCCACGCUGAGCACGCGCAGUCCUGGCCGUCCAUCAACCUGCUGAUGGAGACAGUGGGCUCUGAUAUCCGCAGCUGCCCCCUCUGCCAGCUGGGUUUCCCUGUUGGGUAUCCAGAUGAUGCCCUCAUCAAACACAUUGACUCCCACCUGGAGAACAGCAAGAUCUAGGGUGCCUCCCCCACCCACUGGCUGUUUCUCCACCUUCUCCCAUCACCCCCAAACACUCACUCACUUUGAAUGCUGCAUGACUCUCGUGGGGGGCCUCUGCCCCUUGCAACCCCCAGAUACCUCCACUAGCUACCAAGUCAACGUGUGUGCCGUCUUCCCUAGUCCAGGCACCACUCAGCCCUGGCUCUUCCUGGGAAGUCAGCUGAGGCUCUCCCCAGCUUCUGGGCUUCUGCUGUGGAGGUGGGGAUCAGGGCUGGGAUGGGAAGGGGCAUAUCACCCCACCCAGCCUCUCCCUCUGCCUUUCUGUUCUCAAGCAGGUGGAUCCCAGAAGGUGUCUAGUGCUUGGGCCUGGGGGAGGCGGAGGGUAUCAGAAGACUCCAGGAACUUCCUCAGCCCCUCCCCAGAUGUCCAUCUUUCUCAGGCUGUGCUCUGUCCAGGGAGCACCUCCCUGUGGGGUCCCAGAGCAUGCCCUGCACAUUGAUGCCAGUUCCUCCAUCUCAUGGCUAGGUCAGGGCUCGUGGCAUGGGUCCCCACUGGGGGAAGGAGGCAUCUUGAUUCUUGCCAUUCCCUUCAGGCCAACCCUUUUUCUCCCCCUCUGUCCACCCUGGGGAAUAGGGAGGGUGGGAGAGGAGAGGGAGGACCCUGGAGGGCUGGGAGCAUCCAGCCUAAAGAGGCUGCCCUGAGGCCCCAUGACCCUCAUGCCAGGUAACAAUCUGUGCCAGCCUCCUGGGCCCAUGCCCUCCUCCUGGAGCCCCUAGCUCCAAGGCACAGAUCACUAAGGCAGAUGCUCUCCUCCACCCUGACUCCACUCAAGCCCCGACACCACAGGUGCCCUGGAGCCCGUGUGUGACUCAGCCUCUGUUAGCUGGGUGGGUGUCAUCAGCCCUGCCUCCCAGGCCAGAACCUGAGGAUGGGCCCCGGGUGCUGUGGAGACCAACUUCAAAAGAGCUAACCCCCUUCCCACGCCCAGCGACCCACAUUCCCUCUGUGAAAUCUACCUCAGAGUUGUACCCUCAGAAGGACGGGUAAGCAGGAGGCCAGGGGGUCCCCAGGGCUGAGGUGGGGAGCUUCCUAUGGCAGGAGCCUGCCGCCCCACAAUGAAUCCAACCCCCUCCACUGUGAGCCUCUCCCGGGCCUCUGCCUAGGCGUGGGGAGGCAGUGGACGCUACUGUCAGUGCAUGUACCAUUCUGAUCCAACUCUUCCAGGUCCCCCACCUCUUCACACCUCUCCCCUCCUCCUCAGUGCAGGGGAGUGAGGGGUGUGUUGGGCGGGGAAGGGGCCAAAGACUCCAGAGACACAUGGCAUUGUACCUUGAGUGUUCCCCAGGGAGGGGAAAUGGGGAAGGGGAACUGGAGAGGGGAGGUGGGGCUCCUGAGCUCUCUGAACAAGUUGACAGUCCAAAUAAAACUUACCUGUUCCAUCUGC